AUGGGCAUCAAAGGCCUGUACGAAGAACUUGGGGCUCCAGAUAAAGUUCCUCUCGCGAAGUUGAGUAUCGAUCAUUUUAAAAGGCACAAACGGCAUAUCCGAGUAGCGAUAGAUAUUUCGAUCUGGGCAUUUCAGUCAAAGGCAGUUCAGGGCCGUAGUACAGGCUCAAAUGCCCCUCUACGAGUCAUAUAUUACCGCCUCUGCAGCCUGCUCUCCCUCAAUAUACAUGCCGUUUUUGUAUUCGAUGGAAAGGAUAGACCGGAGUUCAAACGGGGGAAAUCCAUAUCUGGCGGUGAGGGCUACCUACUCGCAUUUUCUAGGCGUUUAAUCACCGCCUUUGGAUUCCCUAUCCACAACGCCCCAGGGGAAGCCGAAGCCGAAUGUGCCUAUCUUCAAAAACAGGGUAUUGUUGAUGCCGUUCUCUCCGAGGAUGUCGAUACCCUAAUGUUUGGCUGUCGGCAGUCCUGGAGAUCAUGUGAAAAAGGCGAUUCGAAAACCCUUGAGAUCAUGCAAGUGUACCAAUCUCGGGUGAUUAGGGAUAAAACUGGCCUUACUCCAGCCGGGAUGGUUUUGACAGCUUUGCUGAGUGGGGGUGACUAUAAUACCGCGGGAGUCGCAGGAAUAGGAAUGAAGCAAGCAGUCGCUGCCGCCAAGGCGGGCUUUGGAGACGAAUUGCUUCAAGCAUGCAAACUAGAAGCUUCAGACGGUGGCCAUGCCCUACAGUUGUGGAGACAGAAACUAGAAACAAACCUUAGGACCAAUCCAAACAAGAUAUUUUCCCGGAAACAGCCCAAGGCCAAAAUCCCAGGAGAUUUUCCUGACCCCAAAAUCGUCAACUAUUACAUCAACCCCGUGAUUUCGAAAACACCCCCGCAAAUCAACUGGAACAUUUGUCCAAACCUCGAGGCACUGCGAGAGAUUACAAAAGCCAAAUUUGAGUGGACCGGUAGUGGAAAGCUCAUCAGAACUCUGUCCGAAAAGCUACUUUCAUGGCAACUAGGGCACAAUCAGCCCGGAUCUGAUUUACUGGUUCUUUCUAUACAUCAAAGAAUAUCCGGGCUGAAGGAUGGCAUGCCAAAUAAACUGCGAGUUACUUUCACACCAAUACUAGUAGUACCUUUACCAUACAACCACGAAGAAGACAAUGUGUACACGCGAUCCGUACCAACAGUAGACGCAGAAGAACUUUUGGACGACCCAAAUGGCUACACCGACUCUGACAAAGAAGAUAUCAGAGUUAAUGGUGUAGCUGCAACUGAGUCGACCACAGGGAAGCCGGAUCGAUCCAGGAUAGAGUAUGAUCCGAGGAGCAACCAGCGAAUGUGGAUUUAUGAACAAUUUGUCGCCCAAGGUGCCAACAGUCAUAUACAAUUAUGGGACGAUAGCGAAGCAAGGAAGAAGGCUGCUAAAUUAAAACAAGCGGAGGACAAGCUUCAGAAGUCUAGUGCUCGGAAAGCAAAAAAAAAGACGACCACGACUUCGAACCAACCAACAAUACAGUCGUUCUUCCACCAGAAGAAAACCACCGUUAAAGUAACAAAGCACUCGGCUGCUAAGCUCCCGGCCUUGGGCCUGGGACCUAACAAUCAAAAGGAGAAUUCACGAAUAGUCAUAGAUUUAGAUUUGGUUGAUAAGAAUGAGGGGGAGGGCCAUCCUGAUCCAAAUGACUCGCAGUCGAAGGAGAACCAUCGAGGAAACAACGGUCGAAUGAAACUUGAGAGAAUAAUCACUAGACCAAGCUUGCCAGGCGCGUGGAAGCUGACUGACAACGAUGAAAAUGCACUUUGCGAUGUUAGCAUAUACGAUCUGACUAAUGAUGACCCCCUAUCUUGA